AUGGAGACUCAGAUCGGAUGUAUUUGCUUGUUUCUCGUGAUUCUGGGAUUAUCUGCUGCGGAAGUGAAGGAGAAUCUGACAGGAAUCGUUGGAGGAAGCAUCGCUCUACCUGGAGGUGUCACAGAGAGAGUAUAUCUUUUAUAUGAAAGAACAAUCAUUGCUUUAGUGUCUGGUGGUGAAUUUAUUAUUGAGGAGAACUUUUAUGAGACCAAGCUUCAGUGGAACCGAAGCUCUGGACUCUUUAAGAUCACAAACCUGCAGAAGAACGACUCAGGAAUCUAUACAGUUCAAAAAGGACAAGUUUCUUCUUCAUAUAAACUCCAAAUCUAUGAUCCAGCACCGACUCCUGAUGUGAAAGCUGUUAGCCUGACCUCUGACCUCUGCCUGUUGACCUGCUCUGUGGACAAUCCAGCGACUCUGCACUGGAUCAGAGACAAAGAAAUACACAACCAGAGUCUCUCUGCUCGGUCUUUACCUUUUAUUGUCCAUAAAGAGGAUAGAAACUCAUCAUAUAGAUGUGUAGCAGCCAAUCCUGCAGAGAACAAGACUGUAGAUGUUAACUUGACGACUUCCUGUUGGCUCAGCCAAGAAGAAACUCUGAAUGACAGCAAAACACGAAAAAGAUAUUGGAUGCUAGUUCUAAUCCCAGUGACUCUCGUUGCAUUGGUGGCUUUUGGAGUCUUGGUGAUCAGGAAGAAAUUUAUGAGCCAACAACCAUCAGCAAGUCAAACACAAGCAGGUUCUGUAAGAGAAGAGGAAGUCCAGUAUACGCCAAUUCAUUUUAAGGACAAAAGACAAAACCAGGAGGAAAAUAUUCCAGAACCAUCAGGAAGCAGCGACAACAAUCUGACAACCGUUUAUGCUAAACUGGAACAUCCAACAACAGACCAGAACCUGCUAACAGCUAGCGGCUAACAGCUAGCAGCUAUUGGCUAACAGCUAGCGGCUAACAGCUAACAGCUAGCAGCUAGUGGCUAACAUUUCAUCUGUUCCCUUCAGGAACUCCAGGCUGUAAAACUGGACAUUCAUCAAUAUAUUCAAUAUAUUAAGCAGCUUAUUGUUGACUGCAUACAUUUCCCAUUUCUGGUGUUAAAUUUUAUAUUUGUGCCUUGAAUUUUUUGUGAAUAUUUUCUGUUCAUGCACUGUUUGGGAAAAGGAGUUUAGAAUGUGGUAAAAAAAAUAAAUAAAAAUUGAACCAUGAAUAAAAGCAGCAGAUGUUUCUUCCUGGACGGAGGCAGCAGGAGUGGCCUUUAACUAGACCACAGGAAACAGGACAAUGACUCAAUGACUCCGCCUCCAUAAACCUUUGACUCACAAAACGCAGAAACUUGAGACUCAAAGGAUUCGGGGAUCAGGGGAAACGUCUUCUGUAAUUCAAUCAACUUUAUUUUUAUCAGUUUAAAACUUUUCAGGUAAUGUCUGUUAGGAAGCGUCUUCUUUCUUCUUCUGCUGUUCCUCUUGUUACAGUCAUAUGACAGUGACCCUACUGUUUGGGAGGAGAACUGCAGAUGAAGCAGAAUAAACAGUAGAUUAAUCUUCAUGACAAUAAAUGAAUAUUCCUAAAGAAUAUUCAUGGUUACUGUCAGGGUUGAUGGUUCACUGACUGGUGUGUGAUUUUAUGACCAAAUUAGAUUAUUUCACACUGUAUUUUGAAGUAAGUUGCCUUAUUGCUAUAAAUGAACCAAUCAUCAUUUCAAGCUUAAACUCAUAAACUCCUCUGGAUUUUCAUUCUUCAUAACCUGAUGAAACUGAAAGUUUGAUCAGAAUUAUUAUCCGUUAUUUGCCUCUGAAGCUUUUUGUUUCUUUACAGAAUUAAUGAUUCAACACUUUCUUGUGAAAUGUGUUUUUGUUUGGUUGGUAAGAAAAAUUUGAUCUGAUUAUGUUUUUCUUCAUCUUAAUAUUAAUAACAUUAAAUUUCACUGGUUCUGGUUCUGGUUCUGGUUUGGUUCUGAAUUUGAUUUGUGUUUUUGUUUCACCAAAUUUCUUUUCAUUCUGAAAACACUUUUGAUGAUUUCCUUGAAGUUUGAAAUCUCGUCUUCUGUGUGAUAAAAACUCUAUAAAUAUGGAGUCAGUGAGAAUCUGUUGAAAUAUAGAUAUAGAAUAAAAGAGUUUUAGUUUGAGGUCUCAGAGUUAAUCAGUGGAUUAGGUCCAACGGGACAAAGGCAGAAAAUCAAACAGAAUAUUCCUUUACUUUAAGCUCUUAUAAUGUGUGAAUAUUUAUUUUAGUUGUUAUUGAUUUUAAUCACAUAGAUUUCCAGUUUUGUCUUCUGGUCAAAUCCUGAUAUAUUUUUCUAGAUCCUGUUAUUUUUCUUCUACUUCCCUGUUGAUUUUUUCCACCUAUAAUUUUAUCGUUUCUCCACCCGUUGUGUUUCCCAUUAUUGUUCGCCUCUGUUCUUGUUCUUUGUCUGAUCAUAUCAGUAGUUCAUGUUUUCUCUGCUGACGCCUCUAUUUAUGUUUCUGGCUGAGUCGACGCAGCACCCUGCAGCAUCGCCGGGAGUUAUGCAGCACCUGCUGCAGGAAAACAUUUGAUUCAAAAUGUUAGCUUCAUUUUGUUAGCUUCAUGAUGUUAGCUUCAUAACAAUAGCUUCAAAAUGUUGAAGCUAUUGUUCAACAUUUUGAACAAUAGCUGUUCAAAAUGUUGAACAGCUAUUGUUCAUUUUAGUUAGCUAACACUAACUAAAAUGAAGUUAGUUGUUAGCUAACUUCAUUUUGUUAGCUAACAAAAUGAAGCUAACAUUAUUUUGUUAGCUUCAUGAUGUUAGCUUCAUAACAAUAGCUUCAAAAUGUUAGCUUUAUAACAUUAGCUUCAUUUCAACAUAAGAAAUGUUAGCUUCAUGAUGUUAGCUUAACAUUAGCUUCAUAACGUUAGCUUCAUAACGUUAGCUUUAUAAUGUUAGCUUCAUAAUGUUAGCUUCAUAACAGUAUUACUGUACUGAAACCUGAAACCAACAGAAAUCCCUCUGACUGCUCUUCAUGAAGCUUCAGCAGCUCUGAGCGAACUGUGCUGAUCCUCCAAUUUUGUUUCUAUGGAUACAAAAAUUAAAUUUAAUAAACUUUGCAGAUUGCUAAAUCUUUGCUCACA